CGGAUUUGUGAAACUGCCGAAAAAUGCAUAAUUUUGACGUAUUGCUACACUUUCACUCUAAGUAGUUUCAGGUCUAUUAAAUUAAGAUUUAUAGCAAUAAAAUAAAAGUGUUACACUCAAUUUAAUACUGCCAUUAAUAAUCGAUUGCCUUUGAGCCGCUAUGCUUCCUACUCAAUGAAGCCAUUCAUUCCAGUAAAAGUAAAAUUAGUUUAAACUGGUUAAAAUGUCAAGUUGAAGUUUAGUGUGUCAGAUUAAUGAACUGCUGUUUCACUUGUCAUGUCAUAUUUAAGUCUCGCAUUACAACAGUUUGUUAACAGUUGGUAAAUACGUGCAAAGUUAAAGUUACAUACAUAAAAGUUGAUUGAAUGAAACUGAAUGAGUAGAUAUUUUGGUGAAGGCCGUUUGUGUAAACCGUGUCUUGAAUUGUAUUGACUUUUGUCAUUCAAGUGACAAUAACAAUACAAGACAUACAUAUCGUUGACAUAUAUUUAGUUAUUGCUUAAACUUUAAAAAAAUUCCAUAUUUCCAUCCAACACCAGUUUUAACCAGUAAAGACCGGAAGUUAUAAAGUGUAAACAGCAACAAAGCACAUACACAGUUUUCACAUUGACAAAAUCUGACUUUCUUUUCUCGGCAUGCUGCCAAAGCAAAAGUUGUCAUGUGUUUUACUUUCGGGGAGAAGGAUAUCCAAAAAAAGUCACAAAUGAUGAGUUCUAAAAAUGGGAGCACCACAUUUUCAGAACAUUUAGCCAAGAGGAAAUCUAGUCUGCAGUCACUAAUUACCUUGAAGUUUAACUAAUGAACAGUAAUAGUUUUAAUCCGUUUAAUUAGUAUAACUUGUACAACUUGUACUUCUUCAGUCUAACCGGAAGUGGUAACAAUUUGUUUGAGAAAUGUCUCGGAGAAAGGCUCAAUUCAACAGCCUUUUUCAUGGAGUUACAAAUUAUACGGAGUUUAACACCGCUAGCAAAAGGAGAUUGCUGUACAAUCUUGCGAAAGAUGACGAGGGACUAAUCCAUCGAAUGACACGCUAUCGAGUUGCAAAUGUCCAUCAUGGCUGUGUCAACUCGAUUUGUUGGAAUGACGCCGGUACUUCAAUUUUAUCCGGGUCGGACGACCAACAUUUAAAGAUUAUUGAUCCAUUUCCCCUGCAACCUCGGAUCCUUUGGGAAUACAAAACGUCGCAUAAAUCCAACAUUUUCUCUGCCCACUUUCUUCCAUACAGUGACGAUAGUCAAAUCGUGUCCUGUUCUGGGGAUGGAUUGAUACUCUACACGGACAUUAAUAAAUCUUCGACAGAAAAUUCGGCUUCCAGAUUUAAUUGUCAUGAAGGAACAUGUUACACCAUAUUAACGGUACCGAAUGAGAGCAGAACUUUUCUUAGUUGUGGGGAAGAUGGCACCGUUCGAUUCUUCGAUCUGAGACAGAAAGACCACUGUGAUUGCAUCAAUUCUCCCACUGACGUUCUCAUCACGACGAAACGCGCCGUGACGUCGAUGGCUGUAAAUCCGUUGGCACCCUGGUACCUUGCAAUCGGUGUGGGAGACAGCUCAGUCAAAGUAUUUGACCGACGAAGGUUAACUGUGGGGUCGAAGAAUGAAGUUGACGCGGCAGAAACUUGUCAAGUGCGCCAACUUGCCGUACCUGAAUUAGAACUAAGUGACCGAUACUACAGAAUCACGUCGUUGACCUAUACGCCUUCGGGAACUCAACUUCUUGCCAGUUACUCGAGCGAUUCUCUCUAUUUAUUUGAUUUCACGGAUGAUGAUAAAUCUAAAGCAUUUGGUGCACCAUCUUCUGAAAGUAACGAGUCAGACUUAACCAGAGACAAAAAACAGGCUAAACCAAAUUUAAAACGCCUCAGAUUAAGAGGAGAUUGGUCUGACACGGGCCCAAAUGCGAGACCACAGAGGGACGGAAGUGCUGGAGAAAUCGCUCAAGCUCGCCCCACUCUGCACCAAUCCCUCAUGGAACGAAUGACCCUCGUCCUGGCACAAAUGCUCAAUGAAAAUCCUCCCACAACUCCGGGAGGAGAAAGUGGUGCUCCAGAGAGUGGGAGCGACGAAAAUCCAGGCACUGAAGAUACGACUCUCCCAGCAUUACCUUUUGUUAACCCAGCCCGAAAUUCCAACCCUAAUUCUAGUAAUAAUCGAUCCGGAAUACCGAGCGUGAUUGAGGAUGACUUUGCCAAUUUACGGAGUUCCUUCGUUAAUAGACACCGAGUUGAACCAGGCGCAGUAAAUCUAAGCUAUCGAGAAGGAGGUGGAAAUGCUGGAUUAAUUUCAAUGUCGGUCGGAAAUGAAAUGGAAAGAGACGCGUUAAAUUCAAUUGACAUUGAAAGGGGUGAAAAACCGACUAGUUCUUCAAAUGCUAAAAAAUCAUGGGAGAAAGCACUCUCAAUGUCUCGAUAUCCGGGUGGAAAGAUUCGAAUGAAAUUCACAGGACAUCGAAAUGCGAGAACAAUGAUAAAAGAAGCAAACUUUUACGGCGACAAGUUCGUCCUCAGUGGUUCUGAUUGCGGUCACAUCUUCAUCUGGGAUAAAAACACGGGUCGACUAGUCCAAAUUCUAGAGGCGGACAAUCACGUCGUCAAUAACGUGCAACCACAUCCAUUUGAUCCACUAAUUGCUGCCUCAGGGAUUGAUUAUGAUGUCAAGAUAUUUGCACCCACGGCAGAAGAAAGUACUUUCAACAGAGAUGUAGCCGCUGAGCUCAUAAAACGAAACGAACUCAUGUUAGAAGAAACAAAGGACACGAUAACAGUCCCUGCUGCAUUUAUGAUAAGGAUGCUUUCGUGUCUAUCCCACAUUCGCCGAUCUGGACGAAGUACUCAACCCAACAAUCCUACUUCUCAACCUGAUAACGAUAACUCAUCUACCACAACUAGUCAAGGGGAUGACAAUCUUCCAAAUAAUUCGGAUUAGUCACCAGUUUGCUAUUACUAUUGACCUCAGCUAUAUAUGCAUAAUAAUUGAUUUCAUGGUCAUAUUUAAUAUGCUCUCACUGUAAAACAACUCCUUCAUAUUGCCUUCCGUUUUAGUCUGAAAUAAUUUUCACACGCGAAUUGAUUCAUUUGUGUGGUGUCACCCAGAUUUUAAGCGCAAAUCACUUUUCGGAAUUUAGAUAUUUAAGCCCUUUUGUUACACUACACGAUUUUUGCUGCUGCUAAUUUUAUGAAAUUCUAGCCAGAACUACUAUGUACAUAUUUUAUUCAAGCCCUUGUAUUGUCUCACAUUACUUCAAAGCAAUAAUACACAUGCUAAUAUUCAGUCGAGUACAAUAAAAUAAACGAUGUGGUAUUUCACCAUCAUCAUAGUCGUCA